AUGUCGUUUGUGGUUACGGUAUACCAUUUCUCUAAGAAAUCCAUUCAUAUCAAAAUAGCUCAUACCCAGAAAGCAUUUACAGGACUCUGCCCCCGGACACCCCUUCUCUACUCUUCGAAAAUCCUCUUCCAGAGUAUAAGGCGAACUACCAUGAAAGACUCUAUAACCUUUGACUUCACAGCUACUAUAUUUCAGGGCAAGGUCCUCAGCACAAAUCCACCUAGCAUUCUCUUUAUGCAAAACCGAAAAUCUUCUCCGAUAUAA